AUGAAAAAUUACAACAUUGCCCUUUCGCAUUUAAGAAAAGCCAAUAAACUAUUAGAACACCCUGAUGGGGAAGUGUUGAAAAAGAUCAUCCUUUAUGAGAAGUACAGAAGCUCUAAGGCUUCCAAACCUACUGAAUGCUGGCACAACUUCUGUCCCGAGCCUCCCGAGAGUCUUGUGGAACGACCAGAGCAGAAAACGAAAGCGGAGACCAAAACUAGCGGUUUCCCCUUUGUUAAAAUUGGCCCUCUCCAAUUUGAAAACACAAACUCAGAGCGCGGGUGGACAGUGGAAGCUAGAAGGAAUAUAUCUGUUGGUGAGGUGAUUUUGAAGGAGAAGCCCUACGUCACUGUUCUUACCAAUCCACGAACGAGAAAUUGUUAUUACUGCCACAAACGGUGCCUCGGUCUUCAACCCUGUAGUGAAUGCCCUUAUGUUGGAUUUUGCAAUGAGCAGUGCGAAGAAAACGCAAAGCAUGUGGACUCAUCAAAUGACACAGAACCGGGUAGACAUGCUUAUGAGUGCCAUGGCAUACUUCCCUACCUUCUUAUCGAUCAGAUUUCAUCUCGUCAAGAAAGAGACCCGAGUUACACCGGCUGUGCAACAACCUGUCACCUCGCCUAUAGAUCCAUAGCAAACACGCCUCAGGAAACGCUUAUUGACUACAUUACGCACUCUGGACGCUACAAAGAUUAUUUUCGUGGCCAUCAGGCCUUCGAAACUUCAACGGUAGUUCGCAAAGUCCUACCACCAAGGAGAUUAAUGUCGACUGACUACUCCUCAAUUGCUUGGCUAGACCCCUGCACCGAAAGGAGAAGUCGUAUUGAGCUUUGGCAAAAGACCAUGGCAGCCGUCUUUCUCACCUACUGCCUUUCGAUUUCGGGUUAUUCAAUGAGCUGGUAUGGAGACGAUUUCUACAGCGCUCCUGAUGCAGACGUUAGACCUAAAAUUAUCCCCGCGAGUUGGGUCGCUGCUUGUAUUCUCUACCACUUGCAGGCCUUCACAAUUAAUUGCCAAACAAAUAUCCUACUUUCUUCUCCAACCCCAAAAGUGACUGAUGCGGCUGUUAAGCAAAUUGCCACUUCCGUGUAUCCGACUUAUUCCUUGAUAAACCACUCCUGCAAUCCCAAUGCUGUACUUAUUAACACCCCACAAGGUGGGAUAUUUGUCUUUGCUCUGCAUCCUAUUCCCAAAAACUCGGAAGUCACUGUCUCUUACCUCCACUCAUGCUACUCAUCCCCGGCAAUCGCUCGACGUUUAGAGCUCAAAUACCAGUACUUAUUUGAUUGCAACUGUGAGGCUUGCGAAGGGUUGUGGUAUGAAGAAUCCUUGAGUAAACUUGUAACACUAAAAUGCCCCAAAUGUGAAAAUUUGUUCAGCUUUACUGAAGGUGUGUGUACAUCGUGCAAAUCAAGACGAGCACUAAAAGGCUAUGAAAAGCAUGUCCAGAAGAUCCAUUCCUUAAUCAAGAAAUGUUCAAACUAUCUAGACAGCUCACCUGAAGAUAUAGUAAGUGCAACACUAUCCUGGGGAACGAUUCAGAAUCUCUGCCAACCAAAGGGAAUGGCCUUUACCUCCAUUCGAACAGGUUAUUUGAAUUUAAUGCGCCAGCAAUGUAGCAAUCUUGUAAUCGAACCUUUUGAAUUGAAAUAA